GACAUCGGGAUGUCCUGAACCCACCAAAAUGAGCCAGACGGAUAAACCACUCGUCUCUGCGCGACACAAGAAAGCAUGUACCGAAUGCAGACAGCAAAAGGCAAAAUGCGACGCAUACCUAAACCCCGAUGCGCCGUGUUCGCGAUGUCGCAAAGUCGGCGCGAGAUGUGUGAUUUCAGAUCCGUUCAAACGAGAACAUAAACGGAAACGAAUGUCGCAGCUCGAGCACGAAGCAGAAGAAUUACGCAAACGACUCAAUGUCAGCAACAACAGUACGAACAACAACAGAUACAAAAUCGACUCUCCGAUUGGCGUGCUGAAUGGAAUACCGGAUUUGAGUCAUACGCCACAGAGCCUAGGAUCGUCGUCGACGAUGGGCACUUCUCCGCAGUCCGUAGAUCCGCUUUCGAUACAUCAGGGACAGGGGGUUGUUAUAAAUGCGAGACCUGCGCCUGUCGUGGUACGGCCGACUCAAAACGAUGAGACGACGUUGGCGAGGAUGGUGAAGGGUGUGAGGGUUGAAGGGAAUGAGAUUGAUGAUAUUUUUCAAUUAUUUUUCCAGGAUUACGCGCCUUUUCUACCGGUUCUGGAUCCAAACACGACACCGAAUGCGUACUUUGAUCAAUCAACGCUUUUAUUCUGGACGGUCACGUUUGUGGCGAGUCGGAACUAUACGAAAAAUCUGACGCUGUUUCCGACACUGGCAGACGCGGUUACCGAAAUGAUAUUGCUGUCAAUGGGGACGAACUCGGCACCCGUGUUCAAGAUCCAAUCGUUCUUAUUAUUUCUGACAUGGCCUCCGCCGCGGUUAGAAAUUUUUUUCCCGCUUAGUGGAUGGUUGUUACACAUUGCUAUGCAGAAUGGACUUCAUAUACCCAUGGCAAGUCACGAAUUCGGACGGAACGUGCGUGUAUCAAGGUCCGAACAGUCGCAGGCGAAUAAAGCCGUUCUUAUGAUGGAUAUGCAGCGUCGCUCUGAACUGUGGGCGUAUUGCGUUAUAGUUUAUCAACGGGCAUGUUUAUCAAAAGGCCAACCGCCGCGGGCAAUGCUGGACCUUGUGCCUGAUUCAGGAAACAAACUGUGUCGGCAGCUAUCGCCCGUGCUUGCCCUGCAAUUGCGAUGCUUGGAUGUUGUGUCCAAAUGUUCGGUUAAUAUAUUUACGACCGGCGUACGGAAUACCUCCUCUGAGCACGAGAGGUCAAUGACUGCAUUGAUCCGAGCGCACGAGACGCAGAUGUACGACCUUGUUGGGCAACUUCCUCCUAAUCAUAAUACGCUCUAUCCCACCAUCGCCCGUCUCCAGAUCCAAGUAUUUUACCUCUACAAAGACCUCACAGGCCCAUACGACAUAUGCUUCACCCGGCUCACCGACACCGCCUGUUCCGUAAUCGACCAUCUGAGAGUCCUCUACGACAAACCCGAGCUCUAUGUCUGCAGUCCCAUUUUCAUCACCAACGCACUCGUAUCCGCCAGCGCAAUUUUAUUACGCUUACUCAAAAGCUCAAUGAGUUCCAAAAUCGACGCCGAAAAGGCCAAGAUAUCAUUCUUCGCGGGGAUAAGCCUAUUAAAACAUAUGGUCCUGGAUGCGAAAGAUCUCGCGUCGAAAUGCGCAAUUGCCUUGACGCAGGUGUGGAAUAGCCCCAAGGCGUUCCGCAAAGCCGACGGAUCGGAGUAUGCCACGUUACGGAUUCGGAGUCGACUUGUAAUGUCGCCUGUGAUUGAGCUGGCGUGUUGGUGGAGGGAGGAGUUUGAGAUGGACGAUGACGACGAUGCUGCUAACGACAAUACUACUAACCCUGCGUUCGGGGAGAAUGAGAUGCAGCCGAAUCUAACAGAUACAGUCAACGAUCUAGGAACAGAGUUCCAAUUUCUAAACGACGAGUUUCUGACGGAUUUUGAAUGGGCGUUUGAUAAUGAGUAUCUGCUUCCGACUGAAGCGUACAGUGACGUUGCGUGGCUGGCAAACGCGACUGCAAGCGCAAACAGUUUGCCGCCGAUAUGACCUGACAACGUACAAUGGAAAUGGUCUUAUCGAUCGAUUCGGAAGAAUACAGGCGCUAUACCCCGAUUAAGCAGGUGGAAGAAAUUAGGUUUUGUUGCUCGCCGGUUCCGAGGUGUAAGUUUACUCUCCACCGGAUACGUUUCUAGAACGGCGGACCGACAACAGUGAGACAACGCUACCAUCAAGACUGCAUGCACACCCACGCGAUAAGUACGGCCUCAAAAUACGAACACGCUAUUUACAUAUGGGUGAUGGAGUACAACCCAAGACUUUUCCAACAGCCUAUAAGCAUCCGCCAAUGACACGUACCAGUGUGACUAGGGCCAAUUCUUAUCGCCGGCUAGCCACAACCGUGACAGUAGAGCAGAGUUCAUGCACACGCCUUGCUACGGCAU